CACCUCCAAAAAAAAACUUGUUUUCCAUUUCUCUCUCUCUACUUUCUUUCUCUUAACACUGAGCAGUAAGCGAGUGAGUAUGAGAAAAAUGGCUGCCAAUAUGAUGCUCUACAUUACUAUUACUGUUCUUCUCUGUUUUCUCACUGCCGUCAAUGCCAGAAUCCCCGGCGUUUAUACCGGCGGACCAUGGCAAACCGCCCACGCCACCUUCUACGGUGGCUCUGACGCAUCUGGAACUAUGGGUGGAGCUUGUGGAUAUGGCAAUUUAUACAGCCAAGGUUACGGAGUGAAUAAUGCAGCGUUAAGCACAGUGCUAUUUAACAAUGGACUAAGCUGCGGAGCGUGCUUUGAAUUAAAGUGUGAUAACGAUGGCAAAUGGUGUCUUCCUGGUAAUCCAUCCAUUUUCGUGACGGCGACAAAUUUUUGCCCGCCGAACUUCGCUUUACCAAACGAUGACGGCGGGUGGUGUAACCCUCCUCGUCCUCAUUUCGAUCUCGCCAUGCCUAUGUUCCUCAAAAUCGGACUGUACCGUGCCGGAAUUGUCCCCGUCACAUACCGCCGAGUACCAUGCAGAAAACAAGGAGGAAUUCGAUUCACAAUAAACGGUUUCCGUUACUUCAAUUUGUUAUUGGUAACAAACGUUGCGGGUGCAGGGGAUAUACAGAAGGUCUUAAUUAAAGGAACAAACACACAAUGGAUAGCAAUGAGUCGUAAUUGGGGGCAAAAUUGGCAAACUAAUUCACCUUUAGUGGGUCAAGCCCUUUCUAUUCGGGUUAAAGCUAGUGAUCAUCGUAGUGUCACGAAUGUCAACGUGGCACCCUCUAAUUGGCAGUUUGGACAAACUUUUGAAGGCAAGAAUUUCCGGGUUUAGAUCCAUAAACCCAUUUCAACUGACCCAACCCAAAAAAACAGAAUUACUUUAGUAUUAUAUACAACCACAAAAACAAGAUUUUUCCUAGACUUUAAUUGUUUCUCUUUUUUACUGAGAAAGUAUUGAAGUCUAAGGGGAAUUAGUAUCUUUUAUUAUUUUUUUUGAACUUGAGUAUUGUUUUUUUUUUUACUAUUUGGUGUUGUGAAUUGGGCUGAAGAGGUUGCAAAAGCACCCAAAAAAAAUGAUUUUAAAGGGAAAAAGCAUGUAGCCCGCAGCUCUAUUUGGCAUGUUGAUGUAUUUUCUAUGAACGAAUACCAAAAGAUAUAUAAGUAAUUAUAUAUAAUAUACUCUAAUGUUUUUAUAU